AUGUCGCCAGCAGCUUGCAUUCCCUGGUGGUACAACACGACGACAGGAUUUGCUGGCUGCCCUUACGGCAGGCGCCUUGUCGGUGAUGUCACUCUGCCCGACGAAGCCUCCGUCAUGGACUGGAUCGCUGUGGUGUACAGCUACAUUCCCUGGGUCGUGCCAAUUCUAGUCUUCGCAGAACUCCUCAUUACGCGAGGAACUCGCCAGCUGUCCAUCCUUCUCUUCACCGGGUCAACUACCCUUGCUAAUGAGUUCAUCGUGAAAAGGUUGCUGCAACAGCCGCGGCCUGGGGCGCUUGGUCCUUCGCCUGGGCUGCUUACCAACACCGACGGCGUGCACGUCGGCAGCUGCAAUAAAAGCUGUGGCAUGCCUUCCUCGCAUGCCACAAUGGCUAUAGGCUUUCUGAUGCUGACGAUGUUUGAUGGCAUCAUGCGGGUCAUCCCCGAGUCAGCUUCUCUUUCGCAGGAUUUUCGCUCAUUUCGCUCCAAGAAGCUUUCUCUAAUCUGGCAGAUGAUCACGGUCACGCCGCUUUCUCCCAAGCCGGCCAUGUACACACUGGAGUUCCUGGGCUUCUUCUCCACAUGGAUGCUUUUGCUGUGCCCGGUGCCGUUGAUGCGAGUGCAGCUUUACGACCAUUCAGCACAGCAGGCUGCUCUCGGGAGCUUGCUGGGUGUCGUCUAUGCAAUGAUCUGGUUCCAGUUUGCGAGAGUAAUGGUCGACAGGUAUCGGAAUUGGUAUGGAAAGGCGAUCUUCGGAGGCGUCCUGUGGCACAAUUAUGGACCGGCUGCCUACCGCGUGCUUGCACGGCCGCCGGACAUACCAGACGAGCACGACCGGAACUGGCAGGUUCUGCAGUGGGACGCGAAGAUCGUCGAUGCAACGGAGGCGAAGGAUGGGGACUCCAAGUCGAGCAGCAGCGACGAGGACUGA